AUGGAGAGAAAAUACCCAGUAAUUGCAGGAAAAGAAAAGGGGCCAGGACCUGGUCGCUAUGGGCUUCCUCCAACCAUUGGAUUUGUUGACCAUGACUUCACCAAGCCAACAAGUCCUGCCUAUUCUUUCCAUGGCAAGAUGAGUGACAACAUGUAUUGUGUUGACUCAAGUCCGGGGCCUCAGUAUCAUAUUGAUGCAAAAAUCACUCGUUUUGGGAGGGAUGGCACACCUGCAUACUCAAUGCUGGGCAGAAUUAAAGCACAGAGAGAGCUCUUCCAGACACCUGGACCAGGUGCGUACAGCCCGGAGAAAGCCCCACCAUGCAACCUCCAGCGCAGACCCCCAUCCUAUACAAUGAGCUCUCGUACACACUACCGGAGCAUCGACUCAGUACCUGCUCCUAAUAAGUACUGUCUCCCUCCGCUCAUGGGCUCUCAAGUCCCAAAUAAGCCAGCCAGCGCCAGCUACACUAUGUCAGGUAGUUACAGCACAGGGGGACCAUCUGUGGAUUUAGCCAAGACACCAGGGCCCUGCAGAUACAACAGUACAGACCCAAGUGUUUAUCUACCCAGACAGCCAGCAUUUUCCAUGCUGGGACGUCACAGCUUUCCCAGAGAUGCUACCAAGAAACCUGGCCCUGGAACUUAUAAUCCAGAGAAAGUGACAGUACACAAAGCUCGAGCACCAGCCUACUCCCUGGGCAUCAGGCACUCAGAAUUUGUUACUCCACUAGUUGUCAAUGUUUCUGACUGAAAUCAUACACUCCCCAAUAAUUACAGAAACAUUAUUCUGUAAUCUCGUAGGAAAAAAAAAAAUAUUCAUGAGAAAACAUA